AAUCUUUGUUUUUUUUUCAGUAUCACGAUGAUUCUCGUGGCUACCCUCCUGUGUGUGCUCAUAGGGCUGGUAUUUUAUUACGACUACAAGCGCAAGAACACGCGAGCUAAAAAACUACUCAGUAAGUUUAAUGGAUCGGACGGGCUGCCUAUCAUUGGAAAUGCUCUGGAACUCGGAUUUGAUUCUGAUGGUGUGUCUAAAAUCUUAUUAGACAAAUGGCGAAAAUACGGCAUGACUAACUAUCGUUUGACGGUUGGCUCCGAGGAGUGGGUUAUGCUGUGUGAAUCUGACGAUGUCGGGACGAUCCUUGCACAUCCGACAGAGUUGGCCAAGCCCACUGAAAGGAACGCUGCUAUGAUGCCUUUCUUCGGAAACUCUGUCUCAACAUCAGAAGGUGAACGAUGGAAAUCGACUCGUAAACUGAUGACUCCUAGUUUCCACUUCAAGACGCUAGAAGCUCGCGUUGACGCAGUCAAUUCACGCACCGAUGCGCUCUACCAAGUGCUCGACCAAUACGUUGACAAGGCCCCUGUGGAUAUAUACAGAUACCUUCGACCUUUCAUGUUUGACAUUCUGUGCAACACAUUGAUGGGAGUCGAUCACAAUAUGCUCGCCAAUCCUGACCACCCUUAUCUAGACGCUAGCGCUAGGGUUAUCAAAAUCGCCACCGAAAAUUAUUUCUCUUACUGGAGGAAUAUCAGCUUCAUCUUUAAACGGACACCAAUUUAUCGGGAAAUGAUGGAUACCAUCAAAACAAUUAGAGGCUAUAGCGACAAGCUUAUACGUGACAGAAGAGUGAAGUUAAACGAAUUCAUCUAUGAAAUUAAGAGCAACAAUAGGAACGCUACCGUUGAUAUCAACGCUCUGGUUCACGAGAAAGUAUCGGAAAAGGCUUGCCUUCUCGACUCCCUUCUUCUAAGUACCCUGCCCAAUGGCGAUCCUGCUCCGGAUGACACCAUCAAUGAAGAAAUCACUCUGCUCUGUUUCACUGGGCACUACACCACAACAAUGACGAUGGCACACACUCUGUACUGCUUAGCCAAGUAUCCAGAAAUUCAGAAGCGAGUAGUCGAGGAACAGAAUUCCAUAUUCAACAGUGAUAAGCUGAGACAGCCUACCAACCACGAUCUCAUUGAAAUGAAAUAUCUCGAGGCUGUUAUUAAGGAGAGCAUCCGUGUCAUCCCCACUGUGACAAAAAUCGGAAGGCAGCUACAAAAUGAUUUACCAUUAAAAGAUGGUAGAAUCAUCCCUCCUGGAACGCAAGUGGUCGUGUACUACGAGGCCCUGUACGCCGACCCGAAGAUGUUCCCUGAGCCCGAGAAGUACAAGCCAGAGAGGUUCUUCAACAGUCUGCACCCAUACGCCUUCGUGCCAUUCAGCGCGGGACCGAGGAACUGCAUAGGUUUCCGUUACGCUUGGGUGGCGAUGAAGGCGACACUAUCCAACUUCCUUCGUCGGUACGAGGUGCUUCCCGGCGCCCCCGAAGACGAGCCCAAGUUCGCUCAUAGGAUCAUAACCGAAUCCAUCAACGGCGUCAAACUAAGAUUGAAAAAGAGAGAACUUUAGAUAACUUGUCCAAUUGUUGUUGUGGCCAGAAAUGGCAAGUCUGGUCAGUCGUUGUUAUUGCCAAAGUAUUUAAUAGUUUUACUAGGUAGGCAUUUU